UCGUCACCUGUGACCCGUAAAAGAAACACAUACGUAACUGUUCGUGCCAUGUUGUAAAGGAAUGAACACAAAAAAUUUCGUGCAUUAUACGCAGGUGCCUGCGGCCCUCGGCAAUAGGAACACACGUCUCGUUGUGCUGAGAAAGCGGAGCAUUAGCGAUUGCUUGGUUCCUGUCACGUUUGUAUCAGAGCCAGGCUCGCCACUAUAACGUGCAGACGACACUGUAUACACGGCUAUAAAUAUUUGGCUGAUAAGGCUUUAUGCUCCAAACUGUCAUAGAUGGUCGUAUAUUAAAGAGCCUUGGAAAAUGUUUGACCACCCACGGUUCUUUAAAAAGUGGGCAUCGAAAUUCCAGUAGACACACGCUUUUUUUUUUUUUUUUUUGUUAACAUUCCCCUAUAGCGUCGCAGUGAGUUUUUCAAGCCCAGGAAGCGACCUAGCAGAAAAUCACCAGGGCCACCGAGCAAACGCGGCGUUGCAUGGCUAAAUUAAGAUGUGCGUCUCGGAGAGGUUUUGUCUGCUUGACGCGGUAUAAAUUGCAAGUGGCUGUGUACAGCUUGUCAUACGUUACGCAUGACCUUUCCUUUCUUUGUUUCUUUCUCUCUCUUUUGCGGGUGAGAGAGAAAACUAAUACCGCACGUGACAUUGGGGACUGUUUCACGAAGGAUUAACUUGCUGGCCAAGGUUCCGACAUUUGUCCAGUUCAUUGUCGCCGUUCAUUCACAAGCGGUUAUCUGCUCUCUGUUACACGCGACGAAACCCAUGUCUCCCUUCCUCUCUGUCCAUGGCUAGGUACUUUAGGCAGCAGAUAAAAGCGAACCUAAUUCUAAAGCUGCUUCUGAAGGGAGAUACACAGGACUGCGUGCCAGAGUAAUUCUCUCCAUUCGGUCUACGAAGUUCGAUGCCGUGACGCCGAGUCUAAUUUCUCUUACGUAAGCACAGUCCAAUUCCAUCAUUUGUAUUUAUGUGUGCAUGUUGUUCAAUAUGUGUGUCAUACUUAUCGUUACGCGUUUUGUUCGUGUUUGUGUACGCGUGUUACCGUCAUCUAUGUAUUUUCCUCAGCUGUUCGCCUGUUCAUCUUGAACCACGUCGCGACCUCGCGUACGUGUCGGGGAUCAGUCUAGCGUGUGGUGCUAUUUGUUCUUAGCUUUUUUCUCUCUGUGAUCCUAUGUGUCCCUGGGACUGUGUCUUAUGUGUCCAUGGAACAGAGAGAGAUAAUGAAAUGUAGUGGGUUGACUCGGAAAGAGCAUCCACUUAUUACUCUACGCUGGGGAAGUAAUAGAGGGCGAUACAAAGGUGGGAAGAACUGAAGCGACCACCCAAGAGGUGCGUAAGUAUGCAACAUCUCAUUCUGGGCCGUUGUCGCGAGUUAUGAUAGAAGCGUAAAAAAAAUGGAGAGGAGAGACGAGCAUGUUCUUCAUAAACUAGUGAAUUCUGCGCUGGCCAUAAGAUUCCACUAACUACAGGAUUUCCGAAAAGUACAGUACAUCGAGGCAAGUAUCUGCGACCGUUUAUAAACUCGGAGUUCACUUGCACGCGCGCGCGCAACUAGUGCUCUUCCUUUCACCUUCUUUCUCCCUCUUUUUGUCCCCAUAUUCUUUCUGCUCUAGGGCAGGGUAGCAAACCGAACGUGCGUCUGGCUAACCACCCUGCCCCUCCUUUCUUUCUCUCUCUCUCUCUGCCUGUCUCUCUCUCUCUCUCUGUGUGUCUCUCUCUCAUUCUGAAAAUAUAUACGUGCACUGUUCGGGACGUGGUUAUUACACCACUGUGUGGGCUCAAACGAGUCGCAGCCGGCUAUAUGCGUGCUGCUGCGUCCACGCUGCCACUGUGGACCCUGCAGGGAUGGGAUUCCAGGUCUGAUGUUUUAAUAGUGAUUGCUCCCAAUCAAGCCAUAACAAAUGGUCUGUCAACUCACUGCCAUCCAGAGAGCUUAUGAUAGAUGGCACUUCAUUAUUGUUAAUCUUUUGCGUUUAUUUUGACUCUGUGAAGUGAGCAGCCAUACAACACUUUUUUCACACCGCCGACCAUGAUGCAGGGAGACACACGAAUGGGGGCACAGGAGAACAAGGCGCGCGUGUGUAUGUUCUUGAAAGGGAAGAUUGUCCCUUUCGUAAAUAUCCAUGGAUGGUGGUAUUCCACUUUCAUGGAUCUUCCUUCAUGAUUUUUUCUUGUGGAUUUUCGCAGAAACGAUAUGCGUAUGUUCUGCUUUGCUGGCAGCUAACGGACCCGUCUUGUUCUUUUUCUAUCUCUCCUCCUUACCCCCAAAACCCGAGCAGGAAGUAUGCUCCCCCCGCUCCUGCACAGGCUACUGUUUAAGAUGAGCCUAUUCCACGACAUCAAACUCAAGCGACGGAAAGUGGACUCGCGCGGCAGCAGCGAUGGAGAGAACAACGGUGAUGUGAACACGUCGUCGCCUGAGCCGCCGCCACCGCCGCCGCCGCCGCCGCCGCCGCUGCAACAGCAGCAGCAGCAACAGCAGCAGCAGCAGCAGUCACCGGCUCAGCAGCAACAGCCACUGUCGCAGCCGUUGCAGCAGCAGCAGCAGCAGCAACAACAACAGCAGCAACAGCAGCAACAGCAGCAACAGCAGCAACAGCAGUCACCGGCUCAGCAGCAACAGCCACUGUCGCAGCCGUUGCAGCAGCAGCAGCAGCAGCAGCAACCGCAACCGCAACCGCAACAGCAGCAGCAGCAGUCGCAGCAACAGCAGUCACAGCAGUCGCAGCAGCACCAGUCGCAACAGCCACAGUCACAACAGCCAGCGGCGGCAUCGUCAUCGUCAGGGCCCUGUGCGUCAUCGUCCAGCGGUGCCGCAACCCCAGGACCUCCAGCUCGACGGACGGACGAGUCGCCGCCUCCCCAGGGCUCUGGCCGGCUAGCGGCUCCAGCUGACUCGGACGACGAGGAGCGGCGCGCGGGACCCGCAGCCAGUGCCUGGACGCCAGACUCGAGCGCCUUCAACCGGCCCAAGGAGGACGAAGGCCUGUCCGUUGUGCGGCGCAUGUACAGGCCUGCCCCGCAGGUGGUCAGCUGGCCUGCGGGCACACCGUCAGCCACCGAGGUGGGCCGUGAGGGCUACGCACCGCCGUUUCCGGCUGCCACCUUCCAGCGGUCGCCCAUUUUCUACCGACGUGCCUCCACGUCGGCCGCCGGCUCCGAGGAAGAGGCGAGCUGGCGCCGGGACGAAAACCCGGAGCCAGCAGCGUCGUGGGUCGACAAGUUGCCGGACUCGCAGGCGCUGAACCUGUGCGUAGCCGCCGGCGUGACGCCGUCCACGUCACGGGGAGGCGCAGAAGACGAGGACGACCAGCCCAUGGUGUGCAUGAUCUGCGAGGACAAGGCGACGGGUCUGCACUACGGCAUCAUUACCUGCGAAGGGUGCAAGGGAUUCUUCAAGCGGACCGUGCAGAACAAGCGUGUGUAUACGUGCGUGGCGGACGGCAACUGCGAGAUAACCAAGGCCCAGAGGAACCGGUGCCAGUAUUGCCGCUUCCAGAAGUGCCUACGACAGGGCAUGGUUCUCGCAGCUGUUCGAGAAGACCGAAUGCCUGGUGGAAGAAAUUCAGGGGCGGUGUACAACCUAUACAAGGUCAAGUACAAGAAGCACAAGAAGGGCCCCAAGAACGGCCAGCUGAUGCUUCGCCAGGAGCCCGCGCCGGGCGUCAAGCCGCCCGCGGCCGCCAAGUCCCCGCCUGCCGAAGCCGCCGCCAAGGGUCCCUCGCCGCUCAUGAUGCAGGGUCCCAAGGCGCUGCUCGUCUCGGCUGCGUCCGCGGCCGCCACCACGGCGAGCGCGACGACCACGUCGACGAGCAGCACCACGACAACGACGACCACCAACGGCGUCCUGUCGUCGUCACCAAGGUACCACCAGAGCUCGGACUGGGUCAACGGUGGCAUCCUGAAGACGGCGCUGACGAGCCCAUCCGAGGUGAUGCACCUGCGGCACGCCGUGCUCGAGCAGCAGCCGCGGCCGGAGCGGCGCACGCUGAGCGCCGAGCAGGCGGCGGCCAUGAUCGAGCAGCUGAUCGAGUGCGACGACUUCGAGGAUGUGGCGACGCUCAACAACAUGCGCGACCUGCUCAACGACUGGGAGGACCUGUCGCGCAAGCUCCGCCAGAUCGCCGACAAGAUCGUGCACAAGCUGGUGCAGUGGACCAAGCGGCUUCCCUUCUACGCCGAGAUCCCGCUGGCCGUGCACACGCAACUGCUGGCGCACAAGUGGCACGAGCUGGUCGUGCUCACCACGGCCGCCUACCAGGCCAUCCAGCUGCCGGCGCGCGUCGCCCCCUCGUCUUCGUGCUCGUCGUCGGGCUCGUCCGACGGCGGGCCCCACUCGCCGCCGGCCGACGUGAGUCGUGAGACGGCCGCGGCACUGUGCGAACUGCAGCGCACGCUGGCCGCGCUCAUGGGCCAGCCCGUCACGCUCGUGCAGUUGCCCAGCGAGGCCGUGCCCCUGGUCGACCAGAUGACCGGGCUGGCCAGCGAGCUGCGCAAGGCGCGGCUCUGCCUCGAGGAGUACGUCUGCCUCAAGGUGGUCAUCAUGCUCAGCUACGAGGACCCGAACCAGCGGCAGCUCGAGAGCAUACAGGAGCGCUACCUGUCCGCGCUGCGAGUGUUCACCGAGCAGCGGUUUCCCAACCAAAGCUCACGCUUCACCGAGCUGCUGGCGCGGUUACCGGACAUCCAGGCUGCCGCCGCGUUGCUGCUCCACAGCAAGAUGUUCUACGUGCCCUUCCUCCUCAACUCGUCCAUCACCAGAUAGUCUCGCGGGAUGCCGCCUGUGUGUGAUAUCAGAGACUGUGCCCGCCGCCCGAUUGCGCGGGGCUCUGCCGCCCCGCCGUGCUCGCGAGCGCCCGCCGACACCUCGCCGCAACGCACGCUCUCGGCCCACACCGCGUAUCGGGACCACGCGCCGCGACGCUGUGGCAGCAAAACGAGAAUCCGGCGCAAAACGUUUCCCUCGUUCACAGCCGACGCGAUCUCCUGGUUUGCCCGUCAUCUUCGAUGCUCACACAAUCAACCUCGACAAACGAUGAUUCGGUAGCCAUCCUUCUUCAACUAGAUCAUCAGGUUGUAAUUCAUCAUAACGAUUUGGAAGACUACGCGCACUUUCGGGCAUUCUAACGUCUCCAAGACUUCCAUGAAUCUAUUGAAAAGCAAAAAUAGCAGGUUUCCUUCCUAUAGGCAGUCCGAUGUGCUGCGCACAAUGGCGUUGAGGCAUGGCGUCCCCGUGUUCUGAGAGAUAAAUUAUGUUACCUUCUUUUAGACUCUUUUAUAGAACUCCCACCAAGGUAGGGCGUCGGUAUUUCACUAUUAUAGUGCAUAUAGGCGCACCCUAAGGAUGACACUGUAUUGCCGUAGCAUACCAAUGAGCCACGUCCAUCUCCUUGUUUGUUUCUUUUUUAAUUCAGAGGAAAAAACAUUUCACCACCGGUUGAAUAACAGUGCUGUUUAACAACAGCAUGCACGCUAACAAAAAGCUCUUUUUGAGUUGUAGCGCGUCAAAAAGGCAUAGACUAUUUUCCUAAAAGAAAAACCCUUUAAAUUAUUCAAAUCGCUACCUUUUAUUUCUCGCUCUCUCUCUUUCUCAUAGCGAAGCAGGCUGGCAACAACACAGGUUAAGGUUACAUAAUGUAGUACGUCCACCUUUUUGUUGGUCUCGCUCGAAACGGUAGCACGUUAUUAAGUUGUAAAACAAGCACGCUGUAUUCGUUUCUGACAUAAAGGAUCCUCUCGCGCAGUUCACGGAUAUGGACGCCUCACAGCGUUCACUUCUCAGGCCCCGCCAGCAGAAUAUGCGCCGCCGCCACUGGCUCGACACAACAUUAAAAAAGACAGUGACGGACGAGCGCUUGUGUCCGUGCAAAGCUUGGUGAAUUAUUGGAAGGGAUACGAUGACGGCGUGGCACAUCGCCUUUGUACGACGCUACUUGACUGCCUACGUAAGUCGCUGGGGAAACCUGCGUACAUGAAACCUUGGCACGCCGCCCGUUGUAGGCGCGAGCCUUUGUUCAGCGAACUCUAGAGUACUGUCGAGUGAAACCUCAGAAAUAAACCAAACGAAAGAAAAAAACACGGGCUCAUAAAUUCCGAAAACUUUAGGCGCAUUAAUUACCAGCACUCCCUUUCCACGUGGGAGCGGUGUACUUUGGAGCUCGUAUAGGUUGCCCUAAGCGAAGCUAUUUACUGUCAACCAAGAGGUCUCCGCGCAGGUAGCCCGACAUCACAGCAGUCACUAAAGGUCAGAGCCAGGCAUCUUGUAUCAUAGCUAAUCAUUAUAUAUUUGCAGCUCAGCGUGAGAGGCGAGCGCACUUUUUUUUUUUUUUUCGCGUGGCUCCACCCCCUUCCCCCAAGAAGAAGGUUCUGUUCGCGCGUUCGUGAGCUUCCGUUGCGAGUGGUGUCCCAUCCUGCUAGUCUAUUUAUUUUGAGCACCCGUCUACGAGUCACAAUCCGGUACAGCACCCUCAUCGACCAUCCACGACACGACGGCGACGCUGUCCCUUCGCGAAGUGCCAAACGGCCCGCAGGCACCGGACGGAACACGAGCAGGUAUAAUAGAAAGACAAGGGACAAAAAGCCGCCGGGCCGCGCAUUCCCGCCGCUCGCAGUCACACAAGUGCGUCGGUCGCCUCUGCCGCGCUCGGAGGGCCGGUCGACUACACGACCGAGCGGUCCCCGCGCAAUCGGGCUCCCGCUGUUCUGCCUGCGACGAGGCUUCGGCGACGGGCCGCGUGCCUCCGCGGGAGCUGUCCUUCGCACGCAUUGUUUUGCCACGCUGCGACGGACGAGACAAUGGGCAAAGGAUGUGGACAAUGGUGACUGUUUCGUAGUCUUCUUCAUUGUUUUCUCUUUUUUUUUUGUCUCAUUAUUAUCGCGUUUUUUUUUUUACGACGACCAAAAAGAAAUAUAUAGAGAGGGAGAAGAGAGCGCACAAGACAAGAAUGCUUGGACGGAUCCUUUCUUUCGCCUUUCUCACUCUACGGAGUGCAACCAGCAACAAGAAAUACUGCCGAAAUGAACUCUCUGACCACUGCCUUUGUAAGCUUUUUCCGUGUGCAUGCCCCAGGUUGUUCCGCCAUGGUGUCGUUUCCGAUGCCGCUUUUUAGUCCAGCCAGGGCCCGGGUCGGUGCGGCGUCGCGGCGGCGCCAGCCACACACGGCACGCACGCAGCGACGCCAGCAGCGGCGAGCGGCGCGUAGAGAACACCCCUUCGUGUCCCCCCUCUCCCAGUACGAGUGGCCCGUGGCUAGCACGUCCGCAGCAACCGCCUCGUGGGCUAGCGUAUCAGGCAUCACUUCCACAGGACACGCUUUUCAAUGGCAGCGACCACGCAGAGCCGAGCUACGUGGGCCGUCGCGGUAUACGCAAGUGCAAACUAGCUCCUCCGCGAACGGCGGUCCAACUCGACUAUUCGGGACGCGGUAUAAAUCGACGCUCAGCGACACUGCGGUGAGCAAGGUAGCGGCUGAGUCAGUACAGUAACGCGAGACAGGUCUCGAUCGCCAUCACUAUUCCCAGAACCCACCCGUAUAAAAAAAAGAAGAAAUAUUAUUCAAAUAACUGAUAUAAAUGUGAGUGCCGACGGCAAGCGAGAAUAUAGGCCUGUCGGCAGCAUCGUCUGCGCCGACUGUCGAGCUGUGGUGCAUGUGUAGUACAUACUAUAGAGCGUUGGCUAAACCCAGUCGUACGAAAUUGAGCAAAAAAAUAAAGUUGAAGACGAAGUCAGCGAACAAGAAUAGAAACGCGGUGCCUUUCGAGCGUUGGAAGUCGGUGGAACGACCUAAGCGGGAGCAAUAAAAGGAAUCAACGCGGCACAUCGCAAUUACAGUUCGGCUGACAGCAUCCCCGACCGACGACGUGUCCCACGCAGUGUACGCAGUAUGCGUGCGAACCGUGCCGACUUCCGGGCUCGCCCCUGUGUGGGUCGAUUUCCACGAACAGGCCGAGCUGUGCACACGCUGUUCGAGCACGCGCCGGCGGUGGACCAGCCUUGAAAAGACGUGUCUUGCGCGAUGUUGUUAAGCCUGCAACACCAAACGUUGUUCCGUUGUCUGCAUGUUGCCGUAUACCUUUUUCGGGUGUUGUGUGCAUCCUCAGCGGGCGUCUCUUGAGAUGUGUGUGUAACGCGGCCCCGGGCGUUUCACCGCUUUUUUUUUUUUUUUGUCUCUCGCUCUUUUUUUUUUUUUUUUAACGGUCGUUUCCUUCCUUCAUUUCUUACCCGUAUAACCGCCGGCCACGACGGCACCACGCCGAGCGGGCCCUUCUCGGACAAAUGUUUGUCCCUGGAAGCUCGCGCCCGCACCGGCGACCCCAUUCCUUCUCUGAUGCCCAGUUAGGAACUGGGGGACAGCAGUGCGAUAGGAAGAAAGGGGAAAAAAAAAGCUAAAAAAAAGUACAGUGCUGUCCUCACUUGUUUUUACACCCGACGUCUGCGCGCCGUUUCGGGUGGGAAUUCGUUGGCCAAUAUACGCACGCUGUUGGGUGUUUUCUUUCUUUUUUUUUUAAAUUCCCCCCACCACCCCCAUUAUUAUUGCGUUAUUGCGGUCAGAUGUCGGCUACCUUGACAGCGAUGUUACUUGGGUUGUCCUCCGCUUUUUUUUUUUUUUGUGUGUGUGUGUGCCCCUAUAGUGAUUAUUAUUAUUUUUUUAUGCUGUUGUCAAGAUACGUUGUUGUAGUUAUUACCGUUACGUGAACGACGUGAAGCGCGCAUUGUUGUCGCCGUUUUAAAUUUGUGCUUUAAGUGACGCGGUUUCUUUUAAAUACCUUUUUUGUCUGCUGGUCGUUAUUGUUGUUGGUGGCCGUUUGGUGUGAAAACGCAAAGGACGCUCUACUCCCAGUGACCCGCGUUUGUCCUUUCCCUUCCCUUCUCUUCUUCUCACACAGCUCCCUUUUUCCUCCACAAUCGUGUACUACACCCACCCUAGUCAAAAGAAAAAAAAAUGUUUUUUUACUGCCUUUAUCGUCUUCGCCACAUUCUUAUAUAUAAAUAAAUGAAUGAAUAUAUAUAUAAAUAUAUAAAUAUAUAUAUGAAUAUAUAGAGAAAGGUCUAUGUAUACAACAAAACAGAGAACGAGCCAGAGAGAGAGAGAGAGAGAGAGGAAAAAACGUGAGAGAGAAAUAUACGUUUAUGAGAAGACUGCUUUUCUACGUAGGAAGGAGGAAUGAAUGCAUGAAUGCUGAGGAAAGCAAUGGUGGGUCGACAAGCCAUCCCUGUGUAACUGCACGAGUACACCCACACACACACGCACACGAAGAUACAGAAACACGGAGCGACCAAAUACAUCCAUGCAACUUUCCCUCUUUUUAUUAUUGAUUUUUUUUCUUGUUCUGGUCGCUCGGUAGCUUGUUUUUUUUUUUCCCAGGCGUUUCCUCCGCUGCCGCUUCUCUGUCCAAUAUUUUUUAUUAUUAUUAUUCUUUCAGUGCCGACCUGAUCCAUAAAAGACGUUGAUGAGAACGAAAGGUUCCCGAAGGCCCCGUGAAGAGAUAGGGACAAAACAAAGAAAUAUAGUAGACAUUGAAAAACGACUAGCGAUUAACGGCGACAGUUUUGAAACUCACAGUAACCGCGCGAAUCGGGCGACAAAAAAGAAAAAAAAAAGACAGCCACAAGUUGGACCGCGUGCUGAACGUUUCACUCUUUCCUGCUUCUCUUUUCUGUGUGUUUUUUUUAAAUAUAUGAAUGUAACUCGUUCAUUUGUCUCUUAAGCUCCUAGCCUCCCCCACCCACUUCUAUCACUUUUGUGUGUGUGUGUGUGUGCGUGUGUGUGCGUAUGUGUGCGUUUUCUUAGUCGUAUAAAGAGUUAGCGAAAUAAACGCCUGGCUUCUGUGACAGCCGCGAGCUAUAUAUAACAUACUAUAUUAACGCCAGCGCACUGCGAGAACAACAAGAUACGGAAGAGAAUGUAUUCUCCGCGGUUUAAAUAUGUAAGGAGGGUAGGGGGGGGCGAAAAAGGGGGGGACUAUGCGACACUGCCACGUGAUUCGUUCCGCCGUACACCUGUUUGUACAUAGUCGUGAAGGAAGUAUGGAUGUCAUACUGUGUGCCUCAAGUUUCAUUUUGUUUUUCCAUCGUUUUUGUUUCUCAUCCGUGCUUUUUUUUUUUUUUUAAUUCCCGCCACAUCCUGGUCGCGUUCACCUACGAGAAACGCGCAAAACGACGCGAGGCGCACCACGUUACACCACGUUCUCCGAAAAAGAUGCGGCGUGUUUAAAAUCCACGUCUGAAACCGCAGGCCAGCAACGGCGACAGUGAGAAAGCAGAAAGAAAAAUAAAGAAAAAAAAUCCAUACGUGCGACCCAAGCUAUGCGAUUUCUUCUUACUUGAGGAAAGAUACAAACGGCAGAGUGCUUCACCGUUUUACAGUGUCGUGCACUCGAACUGGUCACUCGCUCCGAUACACCUGAUGAUGAUGCUGAUGGUGAUGAUGAUAACAACGCUUAGGUGACCGUGACUUAAAGCUCUGUGAGAAAAAAAGAAACUUUUUUUUUUUUUUUUUCGCCUCCGCCGUUUGACGAUGAAAACGAUUCCCGGUGUUCAAGCAUACACGCGGACGGCGACAAUGCGCCCGCCACAUGACCAAACAACAAUAAGACGAGUAAGCGCCGCUUGGGCAUUUUCUUCCUUCUUUUUUCCGAGUACGCGACGAGUGCAAAGGCAAUAGGCUGAGCCCUCCGCGGGUCUCCGCACCAAAUAGCAGGAUCGAAAACGCGAGACGUGGCACAGGCGCAAAGAAUACAGACAGAGACGGUGCCGUGCUGGCUAUUUUUUUUUUUCCACGUUGAGAAGUACAGGGUGCCUUUACGCAGCAGCGACUAAUUUAAGGACAAAGGGUUAUCUGUAGUGAGUUGGGUUUGGUGGCUCUCGAUUUGCGCCACUGGAAGCGGCGUACCUACGGACUCCUACUCUAUCGCGCGCCUACUCUUCUUCUUCUUUUUCCCUACAACAAGUAGCAGACUUUUGAACAAAAAGAAAGAAAGAAACAACAACUAACUACAAGUAAAUAAAAUUUCGGGGGCUACCGAAUAAUUUCGACCAUUCGGGUUUUCUUUAACGCGCGCCCGAAGCACGGCGCACGAGCUUGUCUUGUAUUGCGCCCCACAUUGCAAUGUAGUCGCCUCAGUCGGGCUACGAACCCGUAACCUCGUGCACGCCAACGCUGUGCCACAGCGGCGGGUUUCAUGCCUUUCGACUAAAUGGUGUGCCGACUAAAAGCCGGCAACAAAACAACGCUUGAACGCGGAACAAAAGGAAUAUUGGCGGUUUAGUUUAAUCGCGCUCUCUCACAUUAAGCUGAUUUCCCCACCCGUAAGUUCGCGACGUUUCUACCGUUAAUUUUUUUUUCUCUCUCUCUCACGGCGCACCUUUGAAAUAAAUAAAAAGAAAAACAUGUCAUCGGCCGGCUCAAUCUUUUUCUACAUAUACGUGCGAUAUUAGUUAAGCGUUGCCUACAUAAUUUAUCGAAAUCAAGAUAGAGCACUUGGCGUCUGCUAUCUCUACUCGUGUGGGCUAUGCCCCUUCCGGUAACGCAAACGAAAAUUACAAACUCAAACCCAAAAGAUUUCCCUGCCUUCUUAAAUUCGGUACACUAGAAAAAAGAAAACACCCUGUAUUUCUUGUGUUCUUUCUUCACUCAUCUGGCGGAUCGCUGCGUUUCUCGUUUUGUACAAAAAAUUUCGUUUCUACAUUUUCAAAGGAGACGAGCAAAAGAUAAAAAAAUGUGAAUAUAUAUAUAUAUAUAUAUAUAUAUCUUUCUCCUUGUCGUGUACUGUACAGCUGGUGUUUUAUACAUAUACAUAAAGAUAUAUAUAUAUAUAUAUAUUAUAUAUAUAUAUAUAGUGUAAGAAGGCUUGUGUUUGAUAGUUGCGUUGAAGCUUCUUGGCUGUAAAUUGUUUGUUCAUCACUCUUUUUUUUUUCGUUUUAUCUCAGUAGCAUCUCUUUUUUUCCAUUUCUUGCCCACAAAUUGUUCUUUUCUCCGUUCCUCUUCAAGUUCUUCUGGCUGCGACUCGCGGCCGACACCCCCGAUAAUGGCGUUGUCGAUGAGGAGGAGGAGGAGACGAGAAUAAAGAGAAUUGUGCACUGAACUUGGCGCGCACUUGGUUUCUGUGACUGGGUCGUCUGUGUCUCUCCUACUAUUUUUCACCCGACUGUUGCGUUCCAAAUAAAUUAUGAAGAGAAGCAGCG